CAAUUGGGUUACUCUAGCAAUUUUAGUAACACACUCAUUGAGAGAGCAUUCGAACCGAGGUCCGUCAGAAUAUACUAGUAAAGUUAAAUAAAUUCCCCACUGCAAGUGCACAAAUCUGAAAACCCUUAAACUUGUCGGCCACAAACCGGUACGAAUUGAGACUCGAAUGUUAGACAUUAAUGGUUUCAUGUAAGGCUGCUCGACUAACAUUAAAUUAAAAAAAGGGGAAAAAAAAAAAGAGCGAGGUAAGUGCAACACCUAUAAACCCCAAACGAGAUGUGAUAGUGGCCCAAAACCAAACGUCGGAAUAAAACCCCGAACAAAAAAACAUCAAUAACCCCGCUCUCUCUCUCUCUCUCUCUCUGUUCCGAUCAUCUCCAUUUCCAAUUUUGCUUAACCAUCUUUGGUUUUCGGUGUCCAAUUUUUUGCAAUGGAGGAACAAGAUUUGCUGAAUCGAAACACCGACUGCGUCCAUUUCAUGGCUUCUCCUCCUGCCUGCGACAAGGGACUUGAAUGUGAAUUUCGACAUAGCAAGAUGGCGAGGCUCAACCCAAAAGUAUGCUGGUAUUGGUUGGCUGGGGAGUGUUUUAAUCCAACUUGUGCUUUUAGGCAUCCUCCAUUGGAGGGGCAUGAAGCAGCACCAUCAGAGACCACCCCAUCUUCUAUUUCUGCAAACAAGAGCAACAUUCCUUGUUACUUUUACUUGAAUGGGAUGUGCAAUAAAGGUGAUAGGUGCUCUUUCUUGCAUGACGCUGAUGGUAGUGCAUCAACUGGGAAAUGUUCAAACACAGCUUCUGCAUGUACUGAAGCACUUCCUUCAGAAAACAAGGCAUCCACAGUAAAUGAAACAGUAUCAGCACCAACAGUUGCACACCAAAACCCUUUGGAAACUGCGGCAAAGGCAACAGUAGAUGCAAUAUUCCAGCCUAAGCAGGAUCUUGAUUAUCGAGAACAACUACAGAAAAGUGCUUCUCCUCAUGUUUCUGAAUAUGGGGAUGAAGAGGCUGAUGAAAUUAGAUCAAACUCCUUGCUCCUUCCAGCAGAAGCCUCUAUUCAUAGCAAAUCUCCCUUAUUCACUGAUCAGAGUUCAGAGGAGGGAGCAGAUGACCUGAUUGUGCAAGAGGAAUGGUGGGAAUCCUCUCCAGGCUUUGAUGUUCUUGUUGAUGGUAAAUCAGAGGAGGAUAGCCCCGAAUACUUUCCCACACUUGACGGAGAGCACUGGGAACUAAAUAAGGAGUGGCAUGAUUAUGACAAUCCAGAUGAGUAUGAUCCCCAGCAUCCUGGUGCUGAACUUUUGCAUGAAAACCAAAUUUAUGACUCCUAUGAUUGUCUAGAUACCAGGUACCUUUUUGGUAAUGAGAGAAGUAUUCAUGGCUAUGCUGAGGAUAGAAUGUUGGAUUCCAUAUUGUCCCGCAAGAGGAAGCUUAUGCCACUGGAAGUGGCAGUCGAUGACCAGGAUGGUUUGGAUCUCCGAAACCACCUGAGAAGACGCAGAGUGAUUGAUGAUUAUUCAAGUUCUGGAUUAUCGAGAAUGCAUGAAUCAAUUCAGUUGAUUGGUAGAAGCCAAGAAUGGCCUCAAAGGCAUGAUACAGGUUGGCAGAGAAGAUUGGCAUCAGAAGUGGAAAACAGAACUUUCGAAUCACGCAGGGAGAAUGAAUCAUUUAACAAUGCUGGAAUUGAACGUCGUCCACAUAGGCAUACACAGCAUUACAGAUCUCGGAAACAUCAGGAAAGAAGGCUGGCUAAGCCAGAGGUUCCUUCAUCUGGGUUCUCAAGGAGACCUAUACCAAGGGACAAGAGAUCAUCUAUAGAGGACUCAACUGUCUUUACAGGACCCAAGUCACUUGCUCAGAUCAAAGAAGAGAAGAUGAAAGCAGAGGAAAAUGGACGUGGUAUUAGGAAAUCAAGAUGUGUGCAGAGAACUCGAGAUGACUUCCAGGGCCCUAAACCUUUCACUGAAAUUCUAAAAGAGAAAAGGAAGCUAGCUGACAGGAGCGGUUCUGGCAGCAACUGAAGAAAGAUACUUGCAGGACAGACGCUUAGUCAGUGAAGACUGUUUUUUCGUGACCAUUGCUAGGUGGAAUUAGAUUUAUAGAAUUACUUACUAGAUGAAGAUUGUGCGGGUGUGUGUGCCUUGUGCAGCAGAAGCUUACCUGCAUU